AAACUCCCAGAAGAGCACACAACAACAUGAUUAUACACCACAACUUCUAAUAACACGCCGCUUAUUCCUUUUUCGAUGUAGCAGUUCCGACAGAACAAAAAAAAAUGUCGUCGUUAUCGUUCUCCCACGAAAAUGCUGCACAAAACUGGUAAUCCUGGUCUGAGGCAUAUCUUCAUCUACCUGAAGACGCCUUUGGCGUUUGCCCUGGAGGUCUCCUCUGGACCCGCGAGCACUUCUACCCUAAGAACUUCUAAGUAUGUGCAGCUAGUCGUGC